GGUCCUCUCAUCCAGCCCCCUAAUCGAAAAUGCCACACUUAUGGAGAAAUCUUUGGCGAGUUCUGGACUCCCUUACAGAUCCACCUAAAAGAUCGGAGGACAACAUUGUACUGGGCGUUCCCCCAAGCCAACUGAGUUUCCUGACCCAUCUGAGUCUGCAAAGUGAGAGGAUGUUGCCACGACGUGCCCGAUACCUUGUGCCAUCUAUAAGUCGCCAUGUGGUAUUCUCGCCCAGCACUUUGGAGCACCAGAAAAAUCGCCAAGUUGUUAGGCAGGCGGAAACAUCGGCCUUCCAGAAUUUCGUGCGUGAGAUGUACGAAGGAUAUUACCAACUUUUACUAUCGCAGGAGACAAGAAGACACGGCUUGCAGCCAGAACUACAGCUUAGCAAUCGUAGGCUCACAUUCAAGGAUCUUGUACGUCUUCAGAGGGUGGCCAGAGAUAUGUGGAAAAUAAUGGGCAAAGAACGAAAACAACCGUACAAGAAUCUGGCCAUGAUGGCCCUCCAUCGUCGGUGUUUACGCCUGCCGCCCGAUCCUUAUCAAAUACCACCGCAUCUUAAGGGAUCAUCCAAGCUACAGAAAACUAGAUCCGUUUUUAUUUGAACCACAUAGAUAUCCUUUUUUUUGUAAUCUAAAUAAAUUGCGGUUACCUAUUUCAGAUGUUUAAAUAACUGUUUCAAGUGGGACAAACCAAUUUCCCUGUAUACACUUUUACUAAACUUGGUUUAAUUUGAUAUGCAUCCUCAUCUCUCGAAGCAAGUUAAGUAAUACUUCCUACACUCCAUAGAUGGAUCAAGACUGACCGCAUCUACAUGUGAUUAGCAUACGGAUUACUUUAUCCAUAUCCGGCCUACGUGUGCAUAAUUAGCCUCUCUUUAAUCCGCCUGCGCUUCCAUCAACGAAACUUAGGAAAUGCAAAGGGAAAACUUUUCUUUGGCUGAGGAAAUCGACGGGA